GUAUUUUUCAUCUGCUAUCAAACUGCAUUACACGUUUACACUUUUUUGAACGGAUUGAACUCUUUGCUAACAGUAAUCACAAAUGCUGAUAAGAAUGGAUGAAGAAGAGUCAAAAGAAGAUGAAUUCUUUGCUUGGAUAUUAGGUAAUUGGGGGCCCCUUUAGAUCUCAUCGCCUCAUGUUUUAUGUAGCCUUUUAUUUUAUGUACAGUUAGCUGAGUGUUGCACAAGUUCCUUUAACACACAACCACAUCUUUCUCUCUCUUCUCUUGUGCCUUUUUAUUUGUUGUUUGAAGACUGCAUGCACAUGACGUAGAUGAGUUGAAUUUUACAUUAAUGUAUAUCUUGUGUAUGGUGUUGUUAGGGUUCAGAGCUAGGUGUUCAAUUUACCCAAUUUACUUGUUAUAUAUAAUUCAGCUUCUUCAUAAAACUGCAGCUUUUUGCAUUCAUAAGUGAUUCCAACAUUGUAUAUGUACUUAUCGAAUGUAUGUUGAGUGGAGCAGUUGAUCAUCCCAACCAAACAUUAACCAAUGAAUUUAAAAAAAAUAAAAUUAGACGAGUACAGUAGUUGAUCAUCCCAACGACGAAAUCUGAAUUAAUAAUAUAGUAAACAUUAACCAAUGGAAAAGUAGAGAAUUUAAUAGGAAAAGAGGGGAAUAAACAAUAUUAUCUGCAUUCCAUUAACUGAGGAGAAGAGAAGGGGACCAAACAGUAAAGAGCAAACAAAUUGGAUUUGUAGAUAGUGUUGGUACAGUACAGCUGUAGGGCAAAGAUUUUUGCAGACAGUAUUUUGGGAAUUCGGCUGUGCCUCCUCCUCGAUUCCCAUCUCCUUCUCUCUCUCUCUCUCUUCCAAUAUUUCACUUUUUCACACUUUGUGUGUUUUUUGGGUUUUACAUAUAUAUUUAAUUAGUUGAUUUUAAAAUCAAAAGUUGAAAGAGUGUAGAUACAAAAUAGGGGUGGGGUUGGCGUGUAGUGCAGGUGCAAUCCGGCAUAAGCGCCACAAGCAAAGCCAGACGAGACCACUGACAGACAAAAGAGAAAACACGCUGCCACACCAUCACUCUGUGUGUGAAUCUACACCGCCACUGCGUGUGAAUCUGCCUCGCUCGUGCAACUCCUUCCUUCCUUCGCACCCAACAUCGUUUGUAGCAGCAAAGCAAAGCAACGCAUACACGCCCACUAUUAUCUGACAAGAAUGAACGAGAAUGAGCAAGUAGAGGUGCAUUACAUGGACAGCAACUACUCUUACCCUGUCUCUGAGGGUUAUGUUGAUUUCUUCAGUGGUGCUCCAACAGCCCCUUUGAAUUAUCUUAACUUCGCCCCGAUGCAUGAUCAGGAAUCUAUAUAUUGGUCAAUGCAUAUGAAUUCCUAUAAAUAUGGACAAUCUGAUCCAGAGGGUAUUUAUUAUGGUCUCUAUGAGGACAAUGACCUUGCUCCAAGAAUGGAUUCCAACAGGAGAGUUUGGGAAUAUUCUUCAAUGGCAACCACAGAAGAUCCUAUAACUGUAGACAUACCACCUGAACAAAGUGCGGUUUCUGAAGUGCAUUCUAUUCCAGAGGAAAGAUUACCAAAUGAUCAAGAUGCUGCUAGUGACGAGGUCACAUGGCAAGAUGAUAUUAACCCUGAUACCAUGACGUAUGAGGAACUGCUUGAUUUAGGUGAGGCAGUGGGGACUCAAAGUCGAGGACUUUCCCAAGAGCUCAUUGAUCUACUUCCAACCUCAAAACACAAGUCUGGUGGAAUUUUCUCUAGAAAAAAAUCUGAAGAAAGAUGUGUCAUUUGCCAGAUGCGAUAUAAAAGAGGGGACAGGCAAAUCAAUUUACCGUGUAAGCAUGCUUACCACACUCAUUGCGGAUCCAAGUGGCUUAGCAUCAACAAGAUUCACCUUCUUUCCAGACAUGUCCAGUAUGCAACACUGUGGUAUUUGGUGAUGAUCAGCACAAUGAUUUGACAAAUUGACUGAAAGUUCCAUAGAGAAGGAGCUAUUUAUUGCACAUUUAUGCUCUCUCUCAUACAUAGAAGCUAUGCAGGGUGUACUAGUGUGUAGUUUAGAAAAUCUACUUAUAUUUAUAUGAGUGGCAUCCAAAUUUUUUUUUUGUUUUGUUUUCUAACGCUGAGAAACUGCGAUCCCACAGUUCUUUCAAUUAAUGCUGAAAUUAACAUUAGUUUCA